UGGACAGAAGUGCUUUUGGCUUGACUUUUAGAGAGGAAAUAACAAUUAAUUUUGACAUGAGCACGUUGAGCACUAGUUAAUUUCAGUUAAAAGUCUAUUUAGAGGACAUUUGAACUUGAGUUGCUUGACAAAGCAAAAUUUGAGUGAAUUAAAUUUGAAAUCAAAGAAAUUUUGACAAUGUCAUAUUUUGGUGGUGGGGGUCAAAAUGGAGGCGCAAAUCGAGGGGGAGCUGGAAAUCCGCCUCAACAAACCACCCUGCUCACGGGUCCGCAAUUGUUUGUCAACUCGGCGAGUCAACUACAGUUUCAGAGUGGUGGACAAAACUUUUUCCCACAGGGGGAAGGAUCCCAGCAGCAACGUCAUGUUCAGCUAAACACGGGUGGUGCCCCACUCCUCCUCCAACCCCCCGUAAAUUUUGUGACAGACGGGUUAGGUGUCGGCAUUUCACAAUUGAUAACACAAGGGAGCAUUAUGAACCUGGGAAGCGUUCUUAUGCAAGAUCAAGCGGCAUCAGGACAAGGCCAGGGUCAAUCUAAGCAACGUGUCUUUACUGGAAUGGUGACGAAAAUUCAUGACGAUUUUGGUUUCAUUGAUGAAGAAGUCUUUUUCCAAAUGGGGGUCGUGAAAGGACCAAUUUUACCUAAAGAGGGCGAUCGAGUCCUAGUCGAAGCUGACUACAACCCGAGCAUGCCAUUCAAAUGGAAUGCGACCAGAGUCCAAAUUGUGAAUAUGGGAGGCGGAGGUGCAAGUUCGGUAUCCCAACAGUCUGGAGGUUAUCAGGGAUACUCGGGUUCCGUGCAAAAGCAAGUUCCUCCUCCUCCUGCGUUGGGUCCGGUGGGUGGUGGUGGAAGACCCCCACCGUCAAUGGGGUCAAAUCCGCAUCAAAUGUACGGUGCAGGUGGAGGACGACCGCCAAGUGGUCAUGCGCACGUCUCUGGAGGUAUGAAUGAUUCGUUGAUGGGUGGAAGACGUCCAAUUUCUUCACAAAUGCCGUCACAUCUUCAGCAUCAACAAGACAAUAGUUUGAUAUCAUCAGGGCUCAUGGGAGGGCUGCCUUCAUUAAUGUCUAAAAUGGACGGCGGCAGGGAAAGGGAACGCGAAAGAGAACGAGACAGAGAUAGGAAAGAAAAAGAACGUGUGCACAGAUCAAGAUCCAAAGAACGUGGAGGACGUGAUCGAAGAGAAAGAUCUAGAGAUCGUAAUGAAAGAGUUCGUCGUUCGAGAUCAAAAUCAAGAGAACGGCGUAGGCGGUCCCCAUCGCCCAUUAAGCGCAGGUCCCGAGAUCGCAGUGAAAGGAAUGCUGUGACUUCUACGCGGGACAAAAGUGUUGACCGUGAAAGAGAACGAGACCGAAGGGAUCGAAGUAGUCCUGUCAGCAAAUCUCACAAAUCGGACCGAGCUGAUAGAGUUAAGCGAAGCCGGUCACGAGACACCAUAAAAUCCAGUGAAGGUAAAGGGUCUAAUCUCAAGGAUAAAAGUCGUUCUCCAUCCCCAGCCAGCAGAAGAGGUGGGAAUAAAUCUAGUGUGAUAUCCAAAUCUUCUUCUCGAUAUUUGUGUGACACACCGAAAUUCUCCUUGGAUGUGUUGGAAUUGAAUUCAAGUGACAUGAAAUCCCGUUACAAGAAUUUAUACGUUCCUUCUGAUUUUUUCUUGGCGAAAUGUUCAUGGAUGGAAGCCUUUCCAUUAGAAAAACCUUAUCAAUUCAGUCACAAUUCAUCACUUGUGCACAUUAUGGGAAGAAGAGUGGAACGGCUGGAAAUGAACUUUGAUAAUGAUUCAGAAGCCAAGAAAAUGCAAGAGAAAUUUAAUGAAAUUCCUAAUGUUUUGCAAGCCCCGGAUUCUAGUUGCACCUUUUCUGUUAAGGUGAUGAUUUUAUCUUCGCCAAGUUUGGAAGCGAUUUUCCGUAAAUCUGGAUUUGUUUUGGAACAAGACAACCCGGAACCCACCGAAACAAAGGAUAUCACUACAUCUGGAUUUCAGACAUUACAGAGACUCCUCAAUUUUGUUGUCGGCGUAAAGACUGGAAAGCACGAUAUAAUGGCGCUCGGUGGAAAUUGGAGUUCUUCUCUGGAUGGUCCAGAUCCUCAAUCCAAUCCAAAAGUUUUAAUCAACACGGCCAUCAGAUGUUGCAAAUCCAUGGCGUCAGUGGAUCUUACUCGCUGCAAAUACUGGUAUCGCUUUAUGGAAAUUUAUUACCGACGCUCCAACGGCAAUCUGGAAACGGUGGUGUACUUCCUUCCCGACCUCUCGUCCUGCGUCCCAUCCUUACCCGAGUGGGACAAAAUUACAAAAUCCUACAGGAUCGCAUUGAACGGGCCUGAUGCAGACAAGUUGGUGGCAAAUGUGGAGGCUAUUAGCUCCUCUAUUGAAAAUACAGAAAACAAAUCACAAAAAGACACACCACCAGGGUCCUCUUCCUCAACUACACUUCCCGCGACGGCUGAUGACAACUUGGAUGAAAAUUGGGAAAGUACUCCUUCUGGUAUUAUUGUUGGCGACGAAAUCGUUCCCCCUCCUACUUGUACCACCACUACUUCUGGAGAUGCUAUUCCUGGGGCUAUUCCACUACCUAUCGCACCGUCACAACCCAUCGAUGCAGAUGUAAGUAGUGCUGCUGCACCAUCCGAUGUGUCUACACUAUCUGCAAGCAAAGGAGGAGAUCACAAAACUUCAGAGCCGAUGAUGGAGGUUCUAAGUGAAUGUAAUGGCGAUGCUUCUGUGGAUGUGGCGAUGGAACAGGAUAAUGUUAAUAAUUUGUCUCUAAACAAUGACGUUAUUACCUCAGCGGAAAUGAGUAAGGAAGCCGACGGGGAAGUCGAUAUAUAUGAAGAUAUCGUGGAAAGUCAGAAAAGUGAUGCAAAUAAGAUUUCUUCUCCCGGAACACAUCACAGUUUGUUGGAUUUGAAUUGCAUGACGGUGGCAAAACUAAAAGAAGAACUGGCCUUGCGGAACUUAAAUACGAAGGGUCUCAAAGCUCAACUGACAUCGAGAUUACAGGAGGCUAUUGAGUCCGAGAAGGAAAAGGAGACACCAUCUCAACCUGAUCCUGCUGCAACUGUUGGAACUAAAGACGUGAUCAUUGCAAAUAAUGUCGCUCUUAAACAAGAGACGAAAGUAGAAAAAGAAGAAAUCAACGAACUAUCAAUCGUUCGGUUGGUGGAUCCUUCAACUAUCUUAGAAACUUCAAUAAAUGAGAGAGACACGACCGAAGAAAUUAUGAACAAUGAUGAAUCCAGCUCUCAGUUACCCGAGCAGGGAGAAUUAGGCGAAGAUGAGAUUAUUCUGAAUCACCUCAAAUCUACCAAGGGUGUAUUAACCUAUCCUGUUCUUCGACCUGACAUGAAACCUGAAGAACGCAAGUUGUGGGAACGAAGGUUUGCUCUGCCAAACCAUCCAAAAGUACUAAUCUUCCCCGCAACUAAAGUUAGCUCGUCUUCAUCCUCAAUGAAAAAGACAAUGGGACCGUUCGACUGCUCAGUUAUGCCACUUUCCUCCCUCCGGGAUUAUCGACAAAUUGAUAAACGGGAAGAAUCAUUUGAAGUUUCCUUAUUCGCUGAAUUAUUUUAUGAAAUGCUUCAACGAGAUUUUGGGUUCAGAAUUUACUCAGAAAUUGUACGCCAAACUGGUUUGCUGAAGAACUCUGAAAAAGAAACUCAGGAUGAUGCUGAAACUGGCUCAAAGGAAGAAGAGCCUGCUAUUAAAAAACGCAAAACAUCACCAUCUACUUCGAUCGUUCCAUCGGGAGUAGUUAACAACGUGGACUUAAAGGCCAAGGUUACAACGGUGGAUCCGCUGCUUCUUCUUUCAUUUACAUUCUAUGAUGAGAAUCAGCUUGGUUACAUCACGGACAGCCACAUCGAAGAUAUUUGCUCAGCAUUGGGUUUAGGGCUUACAAGACAUGAGAUUCAAGGGCUUCUUCGUAAUAUUAGUGCAAAGGGAGGCGUACACUACAGAGCCUGGACAGACAAGUCGGAAGCAGAAACUGAUGACGGGAAUGAACAAUCAUUACUAAUAGAUGAAAACAAGAGUAAAUUGGAUUUUGUUAUGCAGAUUGCAAAAGGAAACAAAAGCCUUCUCCCAGUUUUCACCUAUUCAUCACCCAUCGUCGCCUUUGAUGAUGUAAAACCCACAUUAUGCGAUGACCAGAAGGUCGACUGGACUGGAGAAUCUGUUUUGGUCACGGUGGAUGGAAAAGUUGUAGAUGUGAAGAAGAUUAUGCACGAAUUGGAAAAAGCCGAAAAGGAAAAAUUAUCUGCUGAAGCUAAUGUCAAUGCAUUUAAAAAUUCUCUCACUGAAUCUAAAAAUCAAGUGGCCGAGUUAAAAAAGUCAAAUGAUAGCUUGGCUGAUGAACUUAAGAAGUCAAAAGUACAGGUCAAAAACUUAGAAGCAGCUGAAAAGUCUAAUAAGGAAAUAGUGGAAAUUUUCAAAAAGAGUACAGAGAGCUUUAUUUAUCGGGUUAAAGACGUUGUUAAACUUCCUCAAGAAAAAAAGGUGACCUCAACCAACGCCGUUGUAUCAGAGAAGAGCAAAACAACGAAAACAUCAGAGCCUACAGAAACAAGCUCACUUAACAAUAAAGAAGCAGAUAACAAUUCUAGUAGUGGCGUCGAAGCAAAAUGAGAGUAGAAUUUCUAUUUUUUAAUUUGUCAAUUAAUUCAAGUACAAUGUACAUUCAUUCUGAAAUGAGCAUUGUUAAUCUGGUUUUUUUUUUACUGAUAAUUCGACUUGCAGUUUGUAUUACACUUGUGAUGGCAUCUUAAAAAGCUGAUAUGGCAAUAUUAUGAGAGAAUUUUCCUGCCACGUAUUCUGACCUUAUUUCAAUUCAAGUCAAUUGUGAGCCUUUCCCCUUUUGAAUAUCUUGAUGCUUCAAUUAUUAUUUUAUAGUCAGUAUCGUAACAAAAUGUCUAAAAAUAAGAACAUUUCAAUUGUACAUGGUUGUUAGUAAAGUAUACAUUCAUAUAAACUUGAUAAAUUCGGUUAGCUUAGUUUAUUCAUAUAACGGUUUUUUUUCCUGCACUCGCAGUUUUAAAUUUAGAUUGGUUUUGUUUAUGGGUAUCAUGUUAUAGAUGAAUGAAUAAAUGAAGGAAUAAAAUGUACAAGUUACGUUAAA